CUGAACAACUGCCGUCCGCCACAGCAAUCAUAGAUGAUGGAUGGAUGGAUCGACGGACGGAUGCGUGGGCGCUUAACCCUGCUGCACCAUGUACACUGAAACUACACAUGUACAUCUCAUCAUCUGGCCUCCCUAGAAAUCAGAGGCCGCCGUCGCAAGGCGCAGUUUGCAUUCCUCUCUGCACUGCACUGCACUGUGCUUCAAUCUCCCGCGGGCCCCCCCCGUCCCUUGGGGUUCUGUUUUUGUCGUUUGUUGUGGCACGACGUCAUCGCCAUUUUGCCAGUCUAGGUACAUAG